AUGGAUCGCUUCCACUGGUGCUACUCUCUCCCGCUUCUCCUUAUCUUCCUCUCCGACAAGUUCCUCGGAUUACACAUGAUAAUAAUGGCAACUUCCAGGACCCACCCGGAUGACAUAAGCGGCCUUCAGCACCUCAAAAACGGGUUCGACCCGGUAUCCAUUCGGGCCGGAUCCUGCCUGAUCUCCUGGAACUUCUCCUUCGAUCCCUGCGACCACAUCUUCUCCGACCAGUUCACCUGCGGCUUCCGCUGCGAUCUCAUCGUCUUCGGUUCUUACCGAGUGACAGAAAUCGCCCUCGAUCAAGCCGGCUACUCCGGUUCGCUCUCCGCCGCCGUCUUCACCUUGCCGUAUCUUCAAACCCUAGACCUCUCUUACAACUCUCUCUCCGGUUCGAUCCCGGUUUCCCUGUCAAACCUCACCCUCCUCCACCGGCUCAUCCUCUCCGGGAAUUUAUUCGCCGGUUCGAUACCCUUCUCGCUCGGCUCGCUCUCAAGGCUCCGAGAACUCUACCUCGACGACAACCGGUUCACCGGUUCGAUCCCGGCGAGUUUCCGGCGUCUUGCGAGCUUAGAAAGACUGGAGCUUCAACGGAAUAUUCUGACCGGCGAGUUGCCGGAUCUGAGUCAACUCAGAAACCUCUAUUACCUGGAUGUAAGCGACAACCGCAUCUCCGGCGGAGCUCCGACCACGUUUCCGCCUUCCGUAAUCGAAAUCUCGCUCAGAAACAACUCCCUACGAGGUCAUUUGAAUUUUCGAUUGAGAUUAUCGGAGCUCAAAUUGUUGCAGGUUUUGGAUCUGAGUCACAAUCAAUUGACCGGAGCAAUUCCGUCAUCGCUGUUCCAUCAUCCUUCUCUCCAGCAACUCACGAUUUCGCACAACAACUUCACCUCCAUCGAAUCGCCGCCGCACGGCGGUGGCUCCACCGCCAGCAGGCUCGUCGCCGUGGACUUGAGUUACAAUGACCUCCACGGGCUGCUGCCGCCAUUCAUGGCGGCGAUACCGAAGCUGUCGUCUCUGUCGUUGGAGCAGAACAAACUGACGGGGAUAAUUCCAAAUCCGUACGCGAAGAAGGCGGCGUUCCCCCAGCCAGGUACGGCGUCGUUUCAGCGAUUAUUGUUGGGCGGGAAUUACCUAUACGGGCUUAUUCCGGGCCAAUUUUUGGCCCUAAAGCCCGGUUCCAUUAAUAUGAGUCUGGCAGAUAAUUGUUUGUAUAUGUGCCCAAAUUCCUUCUACUUUUGUCGAGGCGGAAAUCAGAAGUCGUGGCAGGAUUGCAAGAGGUUGUACCCGACAGUAUUUUAAAUUGGGCCUAGCCCAUCCAUAGAGCCCAAUAAUGUACCUUUCAGCCCACUACGAACACCUUUAUAAUAUUAAUUUUAAAU